AUGUCCCAACAUACCACCCAAUCCCCCCCGGAGCCCAUCGCCGUCGUCGGCAGCGGCUGUCGCUUUCCCGGGGCCUCCAACAGCCCGUCCAAGCUCUGGUCACUGCUGUGCGACCCGACAGACCUGCGCACACCUAUACCGGCAGACCGGUUCAGCAGUGCCGGAUUCUACCAUGCCGACGGCACCUAUCAUGGGCACAGCAAUGUGCAACACGGUCACUUCCUCGGCGGUGCUCCAGGUUUCCACCGCCGCUUCGACGCCCGCUUCUUCGGCAUCAACCCAAGCGAGGCGCAUGUAAUGGAUCCGCAGAUGCGCCUGCUGCUGGAGACGGUUUACGAGGCGCUGGAGUCAGGCGGCCAUACUAUUGAGGCUCUCGCGGGCUCUGAUACAGCCGUAUAUGCCGGCACAAUGCUGGGCGAGUACGAGCAGAUGAUGGGGCGCGAUCAGGAUACUAUUGGCACAUAUGACGCUACCGGCACGUCUCGCGCGUUGGUAUCAAAUCGCGUGUCGUAUUUCUUUGAUUGGCACGGUCCAAGUAUGACUAUCGACACAGCAUGCAGCUCCAGCCUUAUAGCCGUGCACCAGGCCGCACAGCAGCUACGGGCGGGGCAUUCGCGUGUUGCGAUUGCGGCGGGCGCGAAUCUUUUACUAGAUCCGUGUUCGUUCGUGAGCAUGAGCAAAUUAAAGAUGUUGUCCCCUGACGGCCGCUCCCGCAUGUGGGAUGCUGAUGUCAACGGCUAUGCCCGCGGGGAAGGUGUUGCGGCCGUGGUGCUGAAAACGCUCAGCCAAGCCGAAAAAGAUGGCGAUGUUAUCGAGUGUGUGAUUCGUGAAGUCGGGUCAAAUCAGGACGGGAGGACACCUGGGUUGACGAUGCCCAGCCCCUCUGCGCAGGCAAGCCUUAUUCGUGAGUGCUACGCCCGAGCAGGCCUCGACCUGACGCACCCAGACCAGCGUCCCCAAUUUUUCGAGGCCCAUGGCACAGGAACACCAGCAGGUGAUCCGGUUGAAGCAGAAGCCAUUGCCACGGCUUUCUUUCCAGGCCAAGUUGAAGAACCCAAGACGACUGAGGAGCCCGUUGAGAAGCUCUAUGUGGGCAGCAUCAAGACCGUCAUCGGCCACACUGAGGGGACUGCUGGUUUGGCGGCACUUCUCAAGGCGUCGCUGGCAAUUCAAAAUGCCGUCAUUCCGCCGAAUAUGCAUUUCAAUCGUCUGAAUCCCAAGAUUGAGCCCUUCUACACGAAUUUGAGAGUCCCGACGGCGGCUGUUCCGUGGCCGUCAAAUGGAUCCGAGACUCGCAGAGCAAGUAUCAAUAGCUUUGGCUUUGGCGGUGCGAACUGCCAUGCCAUUCUAGAGAAUUACACGCCAACCGGAUCAUCUGUGCGUGAUCGGGCAACACAGGCUGCGAAUGACGGUGAAGCAGCCCGGGAAUCAACCGCAUUCGCACCGUUCGUCUUCUCGGCUGGGUCUCGGUCAUCAUUGGUUUCGUACUCGCGCCAGUUUUGCGACUAUCUGCAGAGUUCCAACGGAACGGUCUUGCCCAGUCCUUCAGACCUCGCAUACACGCUCCAUUCUCGCAGAUCGCGUUUGCAAUUCAGCCUAACUGUUUCGGCAUCGACGCUGGACGACCUCCGCAACAAACUGGAGGAUAAGUUGAAGAUUGCCGCGCAGCGCGGCAGCAGUCAACAGGAUGAUUUCGCUGUAAAACCGCUCCUUUUGCAAGACUCAUCCUCCGAGACAGGUACCCGCAAGCUGCGUACCCUCGGUGUGUUCACCGGCCAAGGCGCACAGUGGGCCCGCAUGGGAGCCGAACUUCUGGAGACUUCGUCCGCCGCCCGCCGUAUCGUCCAGCAUCUCGACGACCGGCUCGCGCAGCUCCCCAGCGACCACCGGCCUUCAUGGUCUUUAGUCAAUGAGCUUUGCAAGCCAGCUUCUUCAUCGCGCAUCGGGCAGGCCGCCUUCUCUCAGCCGCUAUGCACGGCGCUGCAGAUCCUGCAGGUGGAUAUGCUACGAGCGGCCGGGGUCUCGUUCGAUGCUGUUGUCGGCCAUUCAUCAGGCGAGAUUGGCGCCGCAUACGCGGCCGGUUUCAUUACCGCCGGUGAUGCUAUUUGCGUGGCGUACUAUCGCGGCCUAUUCUCGCAUCUUGCCACAGGCAAAAAUGGCGAGGUAGGCGCUAUGAUGGCAGUUGAGAGCACGCUCGAGGAUAUCCAGGAAAUAUGCAGCUCGCGCCGUUUCCGCGGCCGGGUCGUCGUUGCUGCUGUCAAUUCCCCUUCUAGUAUCACUGUCUCCGGAGACGAGGAGUCUGUGAAGAUGCUGCAGCUGAUACUGCAAGACGAGAGCAAGUUUGCGCGGCUGUUGAAAGUCGACAAGGCGUACCACUCACACCACAUGCUUGCCUGUUCGGACAAGUACCUUGCUGCGCUUGCUGCACUGGAUAUUCGAGUUGAAAGAACAUCAAAUUGUGCUUGGUUCUCCAGCGUUCACGAUGGUGUAGAGGUGACAGACCAGUUCUUCGACGCGAUACAAGGCCAGUACUGGAACGACAAUAUGAACCAGCCCGUGCUGUUUAUGCAGGCGGUGCAGUCGGCGUGGAAGACCGUGGGCCCUUUCGAUCUUGCCGUCGAAGUCGGUCCCCAUCCAGCGCUCAAGAGUCCCGCCAUACAAUCGAUUCAUGCCGUGCCAGAAAACGCACCAUCGGGAGGCCAAUUGCCAUACACCGGCAUGCUUCAGCGAGGAAAGCCGGCUGUCGGGACAUUCGCUGACGGUCUUGGUUUUGUCUGGUCACGCCUCGGAAAGGGCUAUAUCGACCUCGGCGCCUACGACGCCUUCAUGUCUGCCUCUGCAUCAGCGUCAAGCUUAAAGACCGAUACGGUGGGUGGGGAGAUUGCCAGGCGCUACAAGGUCGUCCACGGCCUUCCCUCGUAUGCUUGGGACCACGAGAACGAAUAUUGGCACGAGAGUCGGUACACCAAAGCACAGCUGUCGCGCGUGGAGCCUGUACAUCCUCUUCUUGGACACGUCACCCCCGACAGCACCGAUCAGGUCACACGAUGGCGCAAUAUCCUGCGGCCUAAGGAGAUUUCCUGGCUGAAAAAUCAUCAACUACAAGGUCAGACGGUAUUUCCGGCCGCGGGCUACGUCGUCCUUGCGCUUGAGGCGGCCAUGCGCAAAAGCGGUUCUAAAAGUCCCAAGAGGACGGUGACGGCUUCCCAGCAGACUGUCACCAUGUUGGAAGUCUUGGAUCUGGAAAUCGAGAAGGCCCUCACGUUUGACCAGGACGAUACCAGCAUCGAGGCUGUUUUCACGAUCAGUAAUGUUGCUUGGUCGUCGACGGCAGACGGGAAAGCCACCAUGGCUGCCGAUUUCAGCUACAAUGCCGCUGCUGAAAAGGACAAUCUUGACUUGGCAUUGCUUGCCAGUGGCCGUGUUCGUGUUGUCUUGGAUGACGAGCAAAAGCAGCAGACCGGCCAUGACAACGACAACAGGUUUGCCAAAACCAACGUGCUCCCAGCAAGGGCUCCAAAGCCCACCGAUCUUCUCAAGGUCCCAGCCGACGACUUUUAUGAGUCGCUAGAGAAGAUGGGGUACGACUACUCCGGGCCUUUCCGUGCACUCACCAACAUCGAAAGACGACUUGGCUACGCAACCGGAAUCAUCGAGAAUCUGACUCAGGACGACGAUGCAGAUUACAGUGUCAAGCAUGAUUCUCAACGGGAAAACAGCCUCCUCGUCCACCCUGCCAUGCUCGAUGCAGCUUUCCAGUCGACAUUCGUCGCGCGUGCGGUCCCUUACGACGGCGGCAUGUGGGCGUUACACGUGCCACGCAAGAUCCGCAGCAUCCGCGUGGUGCCGUCUCUGUGCGCGGCGCAUAUAAAGGACGGAGUCUCAGCUCCCGCACUCUCCUUCGACGCGGUGCUGCCGUCUGAGUCGGGGAGCGAGAAAGGAAUUGGAGGGGAUAUAGAUCUCUAUCACUCCCCGAAACUGGAACCAGGAAAGCGUCAACAACAUGCCGUGAUUCAAGUCCAGGGGCUGCUGUGUGUUCCCUUUGCACCCUCAAGCCCCAAGGACGACCGAGGCAUCUUCUCUACGACGGUGUGGGAUGUCGCCAGCCCUGACGCCGGCCGAAUCGGCGCGCGCGAGUUCAAGGCGACUCCGGAGGAACGCAAGCUCGCGCACCUGCUGGAGCGCGUGGCCAUCUUCUACUUGCGCCAGCUGGAUCGGAGCGUGCCGGCCGCUCACCCAGCACGAUCACAGCCCGGGCCUGCUGCUCCCUUUUCCUAUCUAUUGAAGUACGCGACGCACUGGGUCAAGCAGGCCGAGGCCGGGUCAUUGUCGUUCUGGAAGCGCGAAUGGAACGCAGACACGGCCGACGUGAUUCGGCGCGCAUGUGCACCGUAUGCCCACGUCGCGGAUGUUAGGCUCCUCCGGGCCUUUGGCGAGGAACUUGUUGCCAUUGCGACGGGCGAGAAGCAGGCGAUUGAGAUCGGCAUGCGAGAUAAUUUGCUGACCGACUACUACCAAUACUCUAUGGGUAUGGACACGUACUCGUCCUUUCUGGCACGUUCUGUCAGACAGAUCGUGCAUCGGUUCCCGCACUGCCACUUCCUCGAGAUCGGCGCAGGUACCGGCGGGGUGACGAAAUAUAUCUUCGACGAGAUCGGGUCCUCGUACGCUUCCUACACGUUCACCGACGUUUCGUCAGGCUUCUUGCCCACGGCUCAAAGUAUCUUCACCAAAGAGCGUGAGCAGCACGGAAUGGUCUUCAAGGUGUUGGACAUCAACAAACCUGCGCACACACAGGGGUUCCAAGACCAUUCGUACGAUGUCAUCGUGGCAUCGAUGGUCUUGCACGCCACUGACACGCUCGAGACGACGUUGAAUAAUGUCCGGCGUCUCCUACGGCCUGGCGGAUAUCUAGUUAUGCUGGAAGUCUUGCCGGACAUGGCUGUGCGCUCUGGUACCAUCUUCGGCGCCUUCCCCGGCUGGUGGGCGGGUAGCGAGAAUAAUGAUUCUACUCUUUCACCCCUAGCAAAUGUCGAUCGCUGGGAUGCCCUGCUGCGCAAGACAGGUUUUGCGGGCUGUGAUACUGCCACGCCGACCCCAGAGCCUGUGGUCGCCCCAUUUGCGGUCAUUGUGGCGCAGGCUGUGGACGAUCGGGUGUCGAUGCUGCGGGACGUGUUAACGUCGUCUCAGUCAGUCGACACUCGGCAAUUGGUCGACGACUUGAUCAUCGUGGCGAGUAAGUCCCCUAACUCUCGAGCUAGUCGACUCGCCAGCCAGAUUUCGGCCCUCGCAGAGCCGCUCUGCAAUGGCCCGGUGACGACGGUGCGGUCGUGGAGCGAGAUGAAUUUGGAUAUCGUCUCCGACAAGACGACGAUACUCAGCCUGUCAGACCUGGAUACUGCCUUCUUUGCAUCGCCCGGCCUCGAGUCUUCGUGGGAAACCCUGUGCGCGACACUGAUGCGCGUCCGCACUCUGCUUUGGGUGACACAUUCCCGCCGCGACGAGAACCCACAUGCGAGCAUGACGGUUGGGAUGUUGAGGUCGGCAGCGUCAGAGAUGCCCACACUGGACGUACAGUCCUUCGACUUCGCCGACGGGCAGAAAAUACAGCCCCGGGUCGUGCUCGAGGCGUUGUUGAGGUUCAGAGCCGUGACGACGUGGCAGCGUGACGGGACGGCUACUGGUCUAAGCGGGGGAUUGACGACUGCCGAGCCCGAGAUUCAGCUGGAUCAGGACGGCUGGCCGCUUAUCCCGAGAGUGGUGCCGAAUCGUAGAAUGAACGAGAGGUAUAAUACGUCGCGACGAGAUGUGUGGGAGACGGUCAAGCUCGGAUAUGGGGGGAACGAGCAGACCAGUGUACGUGUUGAGUUCGAUCAAGAGAAUGGGGAACAUUCGCUCCGUCGAGGACAUACUCCAUCUCAACAACUGCAGGGGACAACUGGCGCAUCCAUUCUGCGCACCUCUCACUCACUCUUGGAGGGCAUCCGCGUCGCCGAGUCUGGCAAUCUUUUCCUAGCAUUCGGAAAGAGUACCGCAACCGGUGAUCAGACGGUCUUCCUGUCCGAGGAACUUGCGAGCCACGCCACACCAGCAUGGGAUGACCUCAGCAUGCUCAUUGAGAUCGAUACUGGCCUCGAGGCUGAGUUCCUCGAGCAUGUUGCGUAUCACAUGCUCGCAUCUGUGAUACUCAAGGGCGUUGGCAAGGACGACCGCGUUCUUGUUCUCGAACCAACCCCUGAGUUCGCCACGGUGUUAAUGUGGCGGGCGAGAAACAUUGGGGCGCGCGUGACUUUUAUCACGUAUGAUUCCGAUAAUUCCCGCUAUAUCCCCGCGACCUCUAGUUGGCUGCGCGUGCAUCCUAUGGCGGCCAUGAGAGACGUACAGAAGAUGGUGCCCAAGGACGUGGUCGUGUUUGUCGAUCUGGCUUCCCAACAUGGCGAUGAUAACAACAAGCACGUGCAAAUUCACACGGCGCUCCCGGCACAUUGCCGUCUGGAAAGCAGGCGUACUCUGUUCGGCGCCAAGAACGGUCAAGGGAAAAGCUGGUGGGCGUCUCGCGUCGGAGACGUCCGCCUCAGGUUGCAGGAUGCAGUCAACCACGCACUGCACUCCCUUGCUGAGCGAGAGGGGGGAGGUUUAGAGGCGCAGCCUGUGAAAAAGGUGAAGAUCGGUGAACUGGGCUCUGCAUCAAACGCGGGACGGAACGGGAAUGAGCUCGUCUCCAUCCUGGACUGGACAGGCGCUUCUGAAGUCACAGUGCAAGUGCAGCCAGUAGAUUCUCAGGUCACCCUAGAUCCUGACAAGACAUACUGGCUUGCCGGUCUCAGCCACGGCCUUGGUCUUUCCCUCUGCGAAUGGAUGGUCCGCCGUGGAGCGCGUUUCGUGGCCAUCUCGAGCCGGCGUCCCAACGUUGAUACAGCCUGGAUGGCCAAGAUGUCCAGCGCCACCAAGGCCGUCGUGCGCGUACUGGCGUGCGACAUGACCUCCGAGGCCGAUGUCAGGCGUGCGCAUGCCGAGAUCCGUGAGAAUAUGCCGCCCGUCGCCGGCGUCGCGCAAGGUGCUAUGAUUCUUGAUGACGUCCUGAUCGCGGACAUGACGCUCGAGCAAAUGCUCAAGGUAACGCGGCCGAAAGUUGAGGGCAGCGUGCAUCUCGAGCGGCUAUUCCGCGGCGACGACAAGAAAACUCCCCCGCUCGACUUUUUCGUCUUCUUCUCCUCGUUCUCCUCAGUAUCUGGAUGGCAAGGACAGGCCAACUACGCGGCGGGGAACCUGUUUAUGGGCGCACUCGCCGAGCAGCGGCGGCGCAAAGGGCUCGCGGCGUCGGUCAUCAACAUCGGCCCCGUGCUGGGCGUGGGCUACAUUGCGCAGAACGCACGAACCGACCUCAGACGGCGCGUGGAAGCCCGCGAGACCUGGUUCGUCUCCGAAACCGACUUUCUCCGGCAGUUUGCCGAGGCGAUCGUAGCCGGACGUCCUGGUGGUAACACCGACCAGAUCGAAAUCACGAGUGGCGUGGAGCGCAUAGGGGCGAACAGUGGGUCGAUGCCAUUGUGGGCUGCGAAUCCUAUGUUGAGCCACUGUCUCCUAUGGAACGACGAAGAGAGCAGCAUCGCGUCUGGCGGUCCCAAUGCAGCCGCGAACUCAGGCACGCACAACGCUGUGCCGCUCAAGACUCGUCUCGCCCAGGCGCCCACACGCGACGCCGUCUUUGCCGCCGUGCAUGAUGCGUUCGUGCCCAAGCUUGCGGCACUGUACCAGCGGCCUGCAGAUGAUCUUGCUCGCGAGGACCCGGCCGACCUGCAGCUGUCUGAGAUGGGCACCGACAGCCUGCUCGCCACUGAGAUUCGUACCUGGUUCAUCAAGACAUUGCAGGUGAAUAUCCCUGUGCUGAAGAUCCUGAGUGGGGCGAGUGUGAAGGAACUGUGUGUCGUUGCCGCCGAGACGCUGCCACCGACCUUGAUCCCCGAGGUGAAGGAGGGGGAUCUGAAGGUGAGUUCCGACGCGUGGGUGCCCCCGCCUCCAUCGACGGAAGCUGGGCCGGUGGAGAGUGCGCCGGUCUCGUCGAAGAUCGAGGACGAGCCCGAGCCAGAAGUGAAUGCGGCUCCCGAGGAGAAGACUGUGUCGUUCCAGCCCGAACAGAUAGAAAAGGGACCGGAUGAUGGAGAUUCCUCGUCUACAAGUGGACCCGAGUGCGAUACACCAGGCACUCUGGCAGGCAAUUUCUCUACCAACGACACUGCUUCGUCGGUCUCUUCUAAGAGGUCUGCUACGAUGGAUGGGGACGUAGCCGAUGACAAGACCGAAGCCAACACCGGCAUCCUUCCAUACACGGAGCAGGGCCAAGAUCUACAACACUUCGACAAGAUCGCGCCGCUCUCCUUCACCCAGGCUACCUUUUGGUUCGUGCUGUCCUUCCUGAAAGACAAGUCUAGCCUCAACAACACGGCCUCCUUCCAGCUCUCGGGCCGCAUCCGGCAAGACGAAUUCGAACGCGCUCUGCAGAUCAUCAUUCAACGGCAUGACAUCCUGCGUGCCUGCUUCUUCGAGAGCGAAGGCCAGCCGAUGCAGGGCUUUCUCGCCGAGAGCACCAUGCACGGCGAAUACCGAACGAUCCGUAGCGAGCAAGAGGUCGGUCCGGUGGUCCAGGAGCUCGAGAGACAUGUGUUCGACUUGACACGCGGCGAGAACCUGCGCGUUGUGCUCCUUACACUGACACCGACAAGGCAUUUCCUGGUGCUGUCGUCGCAUGCACUGGUGGCGGACGGCAUGUCAGUUCAAAUCUUCCUGCGAGAGAUGCAUCAGCUCUUUGCCAACGCACUUCCACCACCGCCGACACAAUACGCGGCACACGCCAUAAAGCAGCACGCAGACUAUCAAGCCGGACGCUACUCAGACGACCUCCGCUUCUGGCGCGCAGAGUAUCCCCCGGACGACUUUCCGGAUGCGCUGCCAAUCUUCCGGCUUGGGCAGGUUGCUGCGCGUCCGCAGCUCACCAAAUACGAGAACGAGCGGGCCGAAAUGCACUUGGGCCAGGAUAUGAAGGCGCGUGUCAAAGCGCUCUGUCGACGCGCUGGAGUGACACCGUUCCACUUCUACCUGACUGUGUUCCGGGCCCUUUUGGCGCAGUCCGCGGAUACUAAUGGCGUGCAAGAUGUGUCCAUUGGUAUCGCAGACGCGCACAGGACCGAGGAUGACUUUGCGGGCACGUAUGGGCCGUUUGUCAACCUCUUACCCCUGCGAUUCAGGAAUAGCCAAAGCGAGGACGAAGACGAAAAGACUUUUGAAGACAUGCUCAAAGAAACCCGAGGCAAAGUGCUGUCUGCCCUAGCGCACUCGGGUGUGCCCUUCCAGGUGCUUCUUACUGAGCUUGGGGCUCCACGCUCGGCCUCUCACACGCCCAUCUUCCAAUGCCUCGUUGACUACCGGGUCGGGCAACGGCCUAAGACUGCUCUUUCGGCCGACAUUGAGCUAGAGCUUCUGUCGUACGCCCUAGAAAAAGUGGCCUACGACGUGGCCCUGGACGUGAUAGAUGAUCCUGACGUCGACGGAGAUUGCACCUUCAUGCUGAUCGUGCGCAAGGAUCUGUACAGCCGCCAGGAUGCCGAGAGUUUACUCGCGAGCUAUGAGAGACUUGUCAAGGCGUUCGUGGAGGAUCCGAGCAUGCAGCUGGAAGAGCCAGAUGUUUACGACCCUACAGAAGUUGACCGGGCGUUGACAUUUGGGAGGGGGGCGGAGAAGAAGAGGCUUUGGCCUGAGACCUUGGUGCACAGGAUUGACGAGGUAACCAAGGAAAGGGGGGAUGAUAUGGCUGUGAGGUGGAGCAUUAGUGGUGGAAAUGAUGCUGGAAACAGUGAAGAAAUAUUCACAUACUCGCAGUUGCGCGAUCGGGUUGAAGAGAUCGCCAUGGCCUUGGCCGAGGCCGGCAUCAAACCAGCCUCGCGCGUGGCUGUCCUCCAGGAGCCCACCGGUGACUGGAUCGCAUCCAUCUUGGCCAUCAUGAAUCUCGGGGCCGUUUACCUGCCACUGGAUCAAAACAAUCCAUGGAAUCGCCUGGCUACCAUCACCCAAGACUGCCGGCCCGAGAUGGUCCUGGUAGACAACGACACGGAGCAGAAUGUCGAGAAGCUGGAUGCGCCUCACCUCAAGGUCAUUAAUGUUACGGGCUUGGUUCCUGAUGGCAGCUACGGAAAGAAACACAACUUCAGCAGCAUCGCAGCCACAGCUGACAAAGUCGUCACCAUUCUGUAUACUAGUGGUUCCACGGGCACGCCCAAGGGCAUCGUUCUCAAGCACGAGGGCUUCUGCAACUGGCUCGAGUUUACGGCUCAAGUCUACGACCUCAAGCACGAUGAGGUCGUCCUGCAGCAAAGCGCGCCCGGCUUCGACAUGUCCAUGAUCCAGAUCUUCACGGCUCUGUGCCUGGGUGGCACUCUGUGUCUUGUGCCAAGGGCACUCCGGGGCGACGCGGCUGCUCUUGUCAACAUGAUCGUUACUAAAAAUGUCACCUACAGCAUGAGCUGCGCAUCCGAGACGUUCUCAUGGUUCAAGUUCGGCAACGUGCAUGGGCUAGCCAAGUCCAAGUGGCGUAGGGCUGUUAUCGCCGGCGAGCCUGGGGUCCAUACUCUCCUCAAGGACUUCGCGGCUCUGCAGAAGCCUGAGUUGAAGGUUUACCACGCUUACGGACCCACCGAGAUCUCCUGGACGGCAACCAACAUGGAACUGCCAUACCGAGACUAUGCAAAAAGUCCUCCAAAGAGCAUCGCCGUCGGCCACCCAAUUCCCAAUUACACCGUCUACAUCCUCGACGAGCACCUCAGACCCGUACCUCCCGGCGUUCAAGGAGAGGUCUACAUUGGCGGGCCUGGAGUCGCGUCUGGAUACCUCAAUAACGGGUCCCUGACUGCAGAACGUUUUGUACCUGACUUAUUUGCAAGCCCCGAUCAGCGGCGAAGAGGUUGGCGGACGCUGCACCGUGCCGGUGACCUUGGAAGAUGGGGCCCACGUGGCGAGCUGUUUCUCGAAGGCCGCAUGAUGGGCGACACACAGGUUAAACUACGCGGUCUGCGUAUCGACCUGCAAGAAAUUGAACGAGCUCUGCUCGACGCGUCCGAAGGCAUGUUGGCCGAGGCCGCCGUGUCGGUCAGACGCAAGGCAGGCGAAAAUGGGAUCGAGGGCCCAUCAUUCCUGGUCGCGCAUGUGGUGUUGGACCAAGCAUACGAUUCGCAUUCCCAUGGAGGAGAUACGGACAAGUUCCUCAGCAGCCUGUUAUCGAGACUCGGCUUGCCGCGCUACAUGACGCCCGCAGCCAUGAUUCCCCUUGCCCAUAUGCCGCUGACAACUUCUUCCAAGCUCGACAGACGUGCAAUCGCCGCACUUCCAAUGCCCGAGAAUGGGUAUGAUCUACCGAAAGAGCACGACAAGCAUGUGGACAUGAAUGAGACGGAGGUCCAGCUAAGGAGCAUAUGGCAGGAUGUUGUCUCGGGCAAGAUGGGCCAUUUAAACCAUGCUACCAUGGGACCCGAGACUGAUUUCUUCCAUGUCGGGGGUACGUCCUUGCUGUUGCUAGAUCUGCGACGACGGAUCCAGACCAGAUGGGACGUCCAGCUUAGCCUGAUCGAUAUGUUCGACUCGAGCACCCUGGCAAGUAUGGCGAUUGCUGUUGAUAACAAGAGGGUAAAAGGGGUGACGACACAGGUGAAUGGCCAUUCCAGCUUCGACGAGAUCAUCGAUUGGGACCAGGAGACGGCCCUCACACAUUCUCUCCUCCAACAAAACGACGGUGGCGCGGUCUCAGAGCACGCCAGUGUCACUUCCCAGUCGAAGCUCACCGUCAUCCUAACAGGCGCGACGGGAUAUCUCGGCACCGGCCUUCUGCAAUCCCUCAUCGCAAACCCACGCAUUAAGCGGAUCCACUGCCUAGCGGUGCGCGACCAGCAGAAACUCAUCGACGCGACGGCCAAUAGCAAAAAAGCCCGAGCCAAAGUCGUCAUCCACUCAGGUGACCUCAUGCAGCCACGCCUAGGCCUGCAGUCCGACGUCGACGAGCGUGCCAUCCUCGACACAGCCGACGCGGUAGUGCACAACGGGGCCGACGUGUCGUAUCUCAAGACGUACGCAUCGCUGCGGGCGCCCAACGUGGCGGCGACAAAGACGCUCGCCGAGCUGUGUCUCGCGCGCAAGAUCCCGUUCCACUACAUCUCGAGCGUGGGUGCCUGUGCAUUCGCAGCCGCCGCCGGACGAGCGAGGUGCGGGCCCGAGUCUGUGGCCGACUUCCCUCCGCCCUCGGCCAUGAGGGCCGCACCGGGCUACUUCAGCAGCAAAUGGGCCAGCGAGGUGUUCCUCGAGAAGCUGAAGCGGGAGUAUCCUGACUGGCAGGUUUGGGUGCAUCGCCCGUCCAAUAUUUCGCGCGUUGACGACGAGGACGCCGGGAUGGAUCUUGUGCAUAAUAUCCGGCAUUACGCGCGCGAACUGUGUGCUGUGCCCGUCGUGCCGGCGGGCAAGGAUGCCGGGGCGCUCAAUUCAGUCACAGUGGAUGCGGUGGUCAAGGGAGUGGUGGAUGCGGUGCUGAGCUCGGGUGUUGAUGCUGGUGCCGGGCGACACCGGGACGAUGGAGUCAGGUUCGUGCAUCACCUGGGUGAGCUCGAGCUGCCGCUGGGUGAUGUGAGGCAAUGGAUUGACAGUGACGGGAAAGAAGUUGAGGACAUGGAUCUCGCCGCGUGGACCGACCUGGCCGUUGAGCGGGGCAUGCAUCCCACCGUCGCUGCGUUCGUCCGGUCGGGGAUUACGAUCCGCAUGGUUGCGAACAAGUUCGGAGAUAUCAACAACGAAAACAUGGAGAAGAUUCAGGCAGAUGGAGUGCGCCGCCACGACGAGGGCCCCGUUGAGAUAAGUCUCUUUGAUCGGAGUGACGAUGAAGGACCGAACCUGCAAUGCGACGCUGGGGAUGACGGGUCGAAAGCUGUAACAUGCAGCGAUAUCCCUUUUGGCGAUUGUUGCCAAGAUGGCGGUGAACAGGGGUGGACGAUUUCCGGUGCCACUGUGGACGGUUAUACUGACGAUGGCGACGGUGACGACGGUGGUGGCAACGAUGCUGUCAUGGAAGAGAAUAGGGAGGAAAAUAAGCCAAAGGAACGAGCAAGACGUGCGAAUCUGUACUCGUUUCUUAUCCGCGAGACGAUGUAUCACAUCGAAAUCAACUCAUCGCUUGGAGAAACCUAUCGCAACUUAGCUACGAAAGCAGAGCAGCGCGAGUUCAUGAUCGAACAUGGCAAGGCAAAGCCCUAUAAUCGCGGAUCCCGGUUAUGGGCUGCAAGAUGA